GUAGGCUGAAGGCUCCCUGUUCACGCCCUCCCUCGUAGGCUCAAAGCUGCCUGGGAAGCCCCCUAAAUCCCCGUGGAGAGAUCGAAAAAUCAGCAGAGCGCCCUCCCCAGCAGCUCCCCGCUAGGCAGGAGGCCAGAAGGAAGCAUCACAACAACCACAGCGCAAUGGGCGACGAGCAGAGCCACCGCCACGAUCAAACCCACCUGGACGACCAGAGCCAGUUCACCACGGACAGGUUCCGCCUGCCGCCCGGGCUCAGGGUUCCGCUGACGGCGUCGAUGUCGUUUCUGUUUGGCCUGAUCUACGGCAUGCACUCAAGCUACGCCAGAACUGGCCAGCAGUACCUCGUUGAGAACUCCCACCGGCUGCCUAAGACCAAGGGAGGGUGGUACUGGUACUACAAGCGUAAGAACUGGGUGUGCUUGCAAGGAGCGGUGAAGGGAGGCGUGAAGCUUGGGCUGAAGACUGGUGGUUUCACGCUUGCGGUGUUUGGGCUGGAGGCGAUGAUAGACAAGGCCAGGGGACGGAUCGACUGCUUGAGCACGAUAGCUACGAGCGUGCUAGUUGGCACAGCGUACUCGAGAUGGAGGCAUCUGAACAGGAGUGCGACGGUGAGUGUGCUGAGGAAGGGGCUGGUGCUUGGUGUUGUUGGUGGUGUGUUACAGGAUGCGCUGAUGAUGGCGAGAGGAGUGGAUGCGUGGGGUGUGUCUGCGCUGGUGUCGUCGUCGUCAUCGUCUACGCUGAAACUGGAGAGCUGAACCUGGAGAGCUGAUCUACACUGCUGUA